UAAUGAGCAUUUCAUAAAGUGCUCGACAUGGAAAUCAUACUGCCCGAGCAAUAUAAUGAACAAAGAUUUCUCGAGUGCGCUUCGCAGAUACAAUAUGACGAGUUUAACGCAAAAAUGUUGGCGUUCUUCGUGAGCUGCAGCGAUGUGGAUGUUUAUCAGCUGAUACCCGAAGAUCGCAUCUUGCAACUAAUCUAUGGCUGGGAUGUGUGUCGCCUGCACAGCCGCGAUUGCAUCACAGAAGAAGUUGGUCACAUCGUCCGAUUGCUAGCGCACCAUUCACUGCAGCUUUGGUUUAGCCAGGAAUGGAUUGGCUGCUCAGAGAGUCUCCAGCGCAUGCUUCUCUACUAUUUAAGAAAGAGUUUCGGUGCUUUUAAGAAAAUCAAGGGACUAUGCGAUAUCGACUGGGAAUAUAUCCUGAACUUUCAAGCCAGGCCCUGGAGUCUGCCCUACUUACAACAACUCUUUGGCAGCUUACUCCAGCAUAAACAUAGUGUGAUAGAGCACGCUGUGUCACCAGCAACUGCAGAAGAUCUAACAUUUCUAUUGCAAGAGCGCCUGCAUCUUAUAAUCCUACGUUUACUAAAACUCUUUGAUGCUGGCAGCUGGGAAGCUGUUAAGCAACUCUCUCUACGUGUUCUUGCUGCCUGGCUGAAGCUCAAUCAGAGUCCAUCUACUCCGAACUUGCCGUCUGAGGAAUCGUCCGUAACAUUAGUUGGACAUCUUUAUCUGCUCACAGUUUUUGUAGCAGACGAUAAUCGCGGGUAUAUGAUUGACAAUAUGAUGUACAACAUACGCUUCUACGCGCAGAGCAUGGAGGAGGCGCCAAAUGCGGAGGAAAUGGGCUACACUCCAGCUAGACUGAUUGCAGACGUUUGUGUGCGUCUAGGCCUAGGCAAGGAUGAUUUUUUCGAGCACAUCGUAUUUAAAAAGUUCAAUUUAAGCCUUGUGACCUCAUUCGCUGUUAUGCUGGAGGCUUAUACCAGCUAUGUGCUAGGCAAUCAGCUGUUAAAAAUGAUGGCACUCAAUGAGCAUGACUUUUUGGCGAACUUGGAGAAAUUCAAAGUGCUUAUGCAUCGGUAUGUGGAAGAGCGCGAAAAUAGUGAACGCUUUUUACUUAAUGAGCUACAGAAGCUGGAGAGCCAGCGCAAUAGCCACGCCCUCCCAAACACCGUUAACCUGAAUCUUAACUAUCAGCAACAGAUUUGCAAGGGCAAUCGUGCCAGCAAUAUUGGAAACUAUAAGAACUGUGACGAUGAUGAGAAGCCGCUGUUGGACGUGGACGAGGAACUGGAUAGGCAAAUAGAUCCAGUCUUUCAGAAUGUGCCCAACAAUGAGAAAGUGUUGGACUUUGUUUAUAAUUUGCUGGCACAGAGGAAAUUUAGAGGCUGGCAGUUUGCAAAGAUUGCCUUGCUGCUAAAGAUCAUUGGCCAGAAGCUAAACACAAUUGAAGUUUGGCGUUACCAUCCUGGACUGACAACAGAGUUUAUGCUUAAUCUAGAGCAUAAACUUUCAGAUAACUAUGCUGAUUUGGCGAAGGUGUUUUCGGAGCAUGGUUUCAUGGAGGCUGAGUUCUGGCUGACUGCGUUCUAUCUGCAUCCAACGCGCAGCAACUACUUUGAAGUCAAGCGCUGCUCGCGCAUCAAAAAGAAACGAAAGGACGAUGACGAACAAGUCACUAGCAGAUCAACUGUGCGUGCCGACAAAUUUGAAAAUAUCAAAUAUGAGCUGUUGAGCUCAACGAUUGAUGUGGAUGAAAUUGUUGCCAUUACCAAUCACAGUGCGCCCGUAGCCGACUAUGAUGAUAUCUACAAGGCGCUUCAAGCGCUGCGUCUGCCGCGCAGCAUACUGAAGGAUCUGCUGACAGUGGCCUUUCAGCCGCGUAACAAGCGCUACUCCUGGGCGCUGGAGUGGAGCACUUUGCACGAACGAUGUAGCGCCUUGCUGAAAAGUACAGAUCUAAAGCGAAAGUUUGUGGCUCUCAAUAUGGCUGAGGCCAACGAUCGACUAAAGUUUUUGAAAAUUGACUACGCCAAAUACAAAAAUCGGCCCCAAUUAGACUAUGGCACCAUCGAAGAGGGCUACGAGAAUGCCGCAAAUACAGCUGAGGCGGAGGUUGAGCUAAGCGCCGAGGAUGAGGAUGAAGAGACAGCACAGAAGGCAGCACGAGAGAAAGCAGAGAAGGAAAGAAAACGCAAGCGGAAUAAGACCAAAUUCUGGACAGAAGUAGUAUCGGAGGACGAAGAGGAGGAGGAGGAGCAGGAAUCAGAUGAUUCAGAAUCCUAUUACACUGGCACCGGGCGACGCACUCGGGUACGCGCUGCUGCAGUGGUGGCCAACGCCAUAAUCUCUGAUAUGGACCGAACCAUGCGCAGUGGCCGCCGCUCGCCCGCAGCUCCUACUGCAGCAGAAUUGGCGGAUAAGGAAGCACCAGACGUGGUGCCACAGACCGACACUAUGCAGUCAAAGCCUCCGCCGAACGAACAACAAACCAUGCCGAGCCGCUCAGUUGGUGAGCUGCUGCAGUCGCAGGCAAAGUACACGAACGAAACGACUGGGUUCAAGGCAUUCGCCGACAUUUGGAGCUUCGAGAAGGAUGAGCAUAUCAGCAUUAAAAGUGAUGAGAAUAUGCUGAUGGAGAGUAAUUCUCUUCUGAGCAAGUUCAGAAGCUUGCAGGGUCUAAGGCAGAAAACACAAGCGACAAGAAGUUGCCAAGUAUCGCCGCUGAGGAAGAAGGACGCAUUAGAACUGAACGCAAUUGAAACUGAAGUGUCGCGAUCCGGCAGCCGCAGCAACAGUGAUGCGGACAGUUUGCAAUCGGGAACAUCGAUGAUAGCGAUGCACGAUGCCAACGAGUUCGACGAGGGACAAUCUGAAGGAUUUUCUGGUGUAAGUAAAGAGUUAACGCCCCCGCCGGCGACAACGUCUGAUUUUACUAUGGAGACAGAAGUGUUGCAGCUCAGCAGGAAGUUUCUAGCCACCGAUGACGCCGGAUCGGAGGAGACGGUUACUGCAACUGAAGUGGAGAGCGAUACAGAUCCAGGAGUAGAUCCAGCUCAACCGACAACAGAAAGUAUAGUUACACUGAGGCAGCCAAGUGACGGGCAACCCGAAGAGUUCAUAUGCAAGCCACAGACAACAGAAGAUAGUUCAAGCCCGGAGGAGGAGGAAGCCAAUACUGCAGUUAGCGAACUCGAUGCACGUCUGAUCGAGGAAUGCCUGUCGCGCAAGGCCGAGGUACGUUUGGAAAUGCUCACAUUGCAGGAUAUUGAACAGUUGCGCGGUCUUCGAGUGCGAGUGAAACGCACCAAUUUCCAUGACUACUAUCGCGAAAAGAGGAUAAAGAGCAGUCGCAGCAGGCCCACAUCCAGAAACACGGUGAUCCACAGUCAAAGUCUCACGGAAGACAGCAACGCAUCGACACCCACGUCGGAGCUGACAAGCAGAUUCAAAAAAGUUAUAAAGCGAUUCGUGCACAUAACAUCCGAUUCGAAGCCGCGCCCCAAGCAAUUCAAACGCUUCAAGCAUAUCACCUCAGACUCAUCCACUUCAACUGAUCCCGAUGAAACUGCACGCCCCGCGUCUGUGCGACGACGCCGUGGUCACAAAUGGACCCAAACGAGGGCAAAGAAAAUGAAUUUGAAGGCGGAGCACGUAACUGCGGAUACGGAUGUCAUAGAACUCUCCUCGGACUCGCUAUCGUCGUCAGCAUCGCCAGUGCCUCUGACGGUGAGCCAGUUUCCGGAAGUGGUCAUGGGUUUGGAAUUGGAUCCACUCUAUGAAGAAGAAGUUGUGCCCUUUUGAAGAAAGGAAACCAUUUAUUCAGCCUGCUCUAUUUUAGGGCUGUCUUUGACUAGCCUCGAGCUACGUGUUUGUAUCGAAUGCAAUUGGGGUUGUACAACGGGCACAGUCCAAGGGAAGGGACGGACGAAGCUUGUGCACACAAGCAGCUUGGCAAAUUGAAUUUGCCUCGCUUGUUAGAAUGCAAUUAGCCUGAGGCACAUAUUUCAUGCGUAGUAGUAGUAUUUGCUUUGACUCGGACUGCGUGAGGACUUUGAUGAAAUUAUAUGUAUACAUACAGCAGCCAGCACGCAGCCUGAGUUGUGCCAUACUGGUUUUUCCAGGCUGUAAAAUUUACUAUUUUGGGUGCGACAAAUGUUGAGAAUAUACAAAGAUGCAACUCACAUAAUAUUUUACACAUUUCACUUACUAAUAUCAAUAUGGGCGCAUGCUUCCGCUCGCACUUCAAUUAACUGUUUAAUUGAUACGCCUUAUGAUUCCGCUAACCCAUAAUUAGCCACACGCGUCCGAUCAGCGGCAGCCACUUGAGCUGGUCAGGCGUAACCAACAACAACAAAUGCGUGCAUCGCCGACACGUGUCGAGUUGUGAGAAUUUUUUUUUGUCAACAAUCACAAUGUAAUAAAGCAAAUUAUGCAAGAGGCGAAAAUUUGGUAAUGCUUUAAACUUGCCGCAAAAUUAUGAACUAGCUUAGAUUUAAAUUACAAAAAACUAAUUGUAUUCAAUACUCUACCUGAGAAAUAACGAAAAUUGAAAUAACCAAACACGGGUAUUAUAUAUUUAUAGCAAGCUAAUUGUUUUGACGACUUUCUGCAGAUUCCAGUAAGGCAGUCUUAAGAGAAAAGCCAUCAACAUGUAUUAUAAUAUUGGAGUAAAGAAUCUGUAUUAAUGUGUCAAUAAAUAAUAUACGGAAUUUUUGCAAAUAACA